AUGCUUGAACUCGAACCAAGAGACAUCUUACCAGAACAGCAAGCCGACUUUAGACCAGGAAAAAGCACAAUUUACAACAUCCUGCGAUUAGAACGAUACGCUCAGAAUCAACUUCGAUGUGCUCGAAGACACUCAGCGGUUAUUCUAUUCGAUAUAAAAGUUGCAUUCGAUUCAGUAUGGCAUAACGGUCUGAUAUACAAAUUAAAUGAUCUUCGACUUCCUACGUACAUCAUCAACUACUUAACAUCAUUUCUUGAAAAUCGAAUCGCAUCAAUCGAAAUCGAAAAUGUCCUAUCCAAACAAUUCAACUUAAAGAGCGGUACUCCACAAGGAUCUCCAUUAUCACCACUAUUAUAUAUUAUAUAUACUGCAGAUUCGAUGAAUGAAUUACCGACUCAUACAGAACAUUGA